CCGCUUCCGGGCUCGGACGCCAUUUUCAGCGGUUGAGUUUUUGGCAGGGCUGCUAGUCGGCUCGGACAAUGAGCUACGACUAUCAUCAGAGCUGGAGCCGCGACGGGGGCCCACGGGGCUCCGGCCAGGGCUCCAGCGGCGGCGGCGGAGGGAGCCGGGGCUCCGGCGGCGGCGGCGGCGGAGGGGGCCGCGGCGGCCGGGGCCGGCAUCCCGCACACCUUAAGGGUCGCGAGAUCGGCCUGUGGUACGCCAAGAAGCAGACGCAGAAGAACAAGGAGGCUGAGAGACAGGAGAGAGCUGUAGUACACAUGGAUGAACGUCGAGAAGAGCAAAUAGUGCAGCUGCUGAAUUCAGUCCAAGCUAAGAACGAUAAAGAUUCAGAAGCACAGAUAUCCUGGUUUGCUCCUGAGGAUCAUGGAUAUGGUACUGAAGUUUCUUCAGAGAAAAAAAUAAACUCAGAGAAGAAACUUGAUAACCAGGAAAAGAAAUUGCUGAACCAAGAAAAAAAGACAUUUAGGAUCACAGACAAAUCAUACAUUGACCGAGAUUCUGAGUAUUUAUUGCAAGAAAAUGAGCCAAACCUAGGCUUAGAUCAACAAUUAUUGGAAGAUUUACAAAGGAAAAAAACUGACCCUCGGUAUAUAGAGAUGCAGCGUUUCAGAAAAAAGCUGCCUUCAUAUGGAAUGCAGAAGGAGCUGGUAAAUUUAAUCAAUAACCAUCAGGUGACAGUGAUAAGUGGUGAAACUGGUUGUGGCAAAACCACUCAGGUUACGCAGUUCAUCUUGGAUAACUACAUCGAAAGAGGAAAAGGGUCUGCCUGCAGAGUAGUGUGUACUCAGCCAAGAAGAAUCAGUGCCAUUUCAGUUGCUGAGAGAGUGGCCGCAGAAAGAGCAGAGUCUUGUGGCAAUGGUAAUAGUACUGGAUACCAGAUUCGUCUUCAAAGUCGGUUGCCAAGGAAACAAGGUUCUAUCUUAUACUGCACAACAGGAAUCAUUCUUCAGUGGCUGCAGUCAGACUCACGUUUGUCCAGUGUUAGUCAUAUUGUACUUGAUGAAAUUCAUGAAAGGAAUCUACAGUCAGAUGUUUUAAUGACUGUUAUUAAAGAUCUUCUCCAUUUUCGAUCUGAUCUCAAAGUAAUAUUGAUGAGUGCAACCUUGAAUGCUGAGAAAUUUUCAGAAUAUUUUGGUAACUGCCCAAUGAUACAUAUACCCGGGUUUACUUUUCCAGUUGUGGAAUAUCUUUUGGAAGAUAUCAUUGAAAAAAUAAGAUAUAUUCCAGAACAAAAAGAACAUAGAUCCCAGUUCAAGAGGGGUUUCAUGCAGGGUCAUGUAAAUAGACAAGAAAAAGAAGAAAAAGAGGCCAUCUAUAAGGAACGCUGGCCAGCUUAUAUAAAGGAACUGCGGACAAGAUACUCUGCAAGUACCGUAGAUGUUUUGCAAAUGAUGGAUGAUGAUAAAGUUGAUCUGAAUUUGAUUGCUGCCCUUAUUCGAUACAUUGUUUUGGAAGAAGAGGAUGGUGCAAUAUUGGUCUUUCUACCAGGCUGGGACAAUAUCAGUACUUUGCAUGAUCUCUUGAUGUCACAAGUGAUGUUUAAAUCAGAUAAGUUUCUCAUUAUACCUUUACACUCACUGAUGCCUACCGUCAACCAGACACAGGUAUUUAAAAAAACUCCUCCUGGUGUUCGGAAAAUAGUAAUUGCUACCAACAUUGCAGAGACUAGCAUCACCAUAGAUGAUGUGGUUUAUGUAAUAGAUGGAGGGAAAAUUAAAGAAACACACUUUGACACACAGAACAACAUCAGUACCAUGUCUGCUGAGUGGGUUAGUAAAGCUAAUGCCAAACAGAGGAAAGGGAGAGCUGGAAGAGUUCAGCCUGGUCACUGCUAUCAUCUGUAUAAUGGUCUUAGAGCAAGUCUUCUAGAUGACUACCAACUACCAGAAAUUUUGAGAACUCCUUUGGAAGAACUUUGUUUGCAAAUAAAGAUCUUGAGGCUGGGUGGAAUUGCUUAUUUUCUGAGUAGAUUAAUGGAUCCACCAUCAAAUGAAGCAGUAGUGCUCUCCAUAAAACACCUAAUGGAACUGAGUGCUUUGGAUAAGCAAGAAGAAUUGACACCUCUUGGUGUCCAUUUAGCCCGACUGCCUGUUGAGCCACAUAUUGGAAAAAUGAUUCUCUUUGGAGCUUUGUUCUGUUGCUUAGAUCCAGUUCUCACCAUUGCUGCCAGUCUCAGCUUUAAAGAUCCCUUUGUCAUUCCAUUGGGAAAAGAAAAGAUUGCAGAUGCAAGAAGAAAAGAACUGGCAAAGGAAACUAGAAGUGAUCACCUGACAGUUGUGAAUGCAUUUGAGGGCUGGGAAGAAGCCAAACGACGUGGUUUCAGGUAUGAAAAGGACUACUGCUGGGAAUAUUUUCUGUCUUCAAACACACUACAGAUGCUGCAUAACAUGAAGGGACAGUUUGCUGAGCAUCUUCUUGGAGCUGGAUUUGUAAGCAGUAGAAGUCCCAAAGAUCCAAAAGCUAAUAUAAAUUCAGAUAAUGAGAAGAUAAUUAAAGCUGUCAUCUGUGCUGGUUUAUAUCCCAAAGUUGCUAAAAUCCGACUAAAUUUGGGUAAAAAAAGGAAAAUGGUAAAAGUUCACACGAAGUCUGAUGGUCUGGUUUCUAUUCAUCCUAAGUCUGUCAAUGUGGAGCAGACAGACUUCCACUACAACUGGCUUAUCUAUCACCUGAAGAUGAGAACAAGCAGUAUAUACUUGUACGACUGUACAGAAGUUUCACCAUACUGCCUCUUGUUCUUUGGAGGAGAUAUUUCCAUCCAGAAAGAUAAGGAUCAGGAAAUUAUUGCUGUAGAUGAAUGGAUUGUGUUUCAGUCUCCAGAAAGAAUUGCCCAUCUUGUUAAGGGACUCAGAAAGGAACUGGAUAGCCUUCUACAAGAGAAGAUUGAAUGCCCUCAUCCUGUAGACUGGGACGAUACUAAGUCAAGAGACUGUGCAGUACUGUCAGCUAUUCUAGACUUGAUCAAAACUCAAGAAAAGGCUACUCCAAGGAACUUGCCACCACGGUCACAGGAUGGAUAUUAUAGCUGACAGCUUUCAGUGAUGGCCUAAAACCUAUCCUGGUGUCUAUAAUUUCCUUUUUCUUUCUUUCUUUUUUUUUUUUUUUUUUUUUAAGUUUUUGGCAAAAGUGCCAAGCCCUGGGUUUUGACUUAAUUUUGUGUGUAAGUUAGGAACUUUCAUUGGGUAGUAAAGAGUUAUGUGCAUGACUAAACAGUGCCAUCUAGCUACUAUAAAGACAGUGGAAAAAGUAGUGUGCUUUCUGACCUUAUCCUCUGUUGUAGAUAUGUCCUCACUUUGGGAGAAUUCCCAAAGUUGUAACUUUGAGAAAUUCCUUUAUGCUAUUAUGCAAAAUUAGUUUUCUGUUCAUAAUGACUGUCUAGGGACAGUAAAAAUAGAAAAUUGGGCCAAAAAGCAGUAUGAAGUAAAAAUUUGAAUACAACCACAUUUUUUUAAAAUGAACUUCUAUUAUUAAUAAAUUUGUUGUAAUAAAGUCCGAUAUUUAAUAAAAUGUACAAUGUAUAAAUCUCA